UUAUUUGAACACACUCAUUUCCGUGUAAAAAGAUAACAAAUACUUAGCCGAUGGUAUUAUUCUUAUAAAACACCGAGUCAUUUUCAUAAACAAUGAUUAAAGCAAUUUUAGUUUUCAACAAUCAUGGAAAGCCAAGACUUUCAAGAUUCUAUCAAUAUUACCCUGAGGACAUGCAGCAACAGAUCGUGAGAGAAACUUUCCAUCUGGUGUCCAAGAGAGAUGAUAAUGUGUGCAACUUUCUUGAAGGAGGGACGUUGAUAGGAGGCUCAGACUUCAAGAUCAUAUACAGGCAUUACGCAACCUUGUACUUUGUGUUCUGUGUCGACUCCUCGGAAAGUGAACUAGGCAUUCUGGACUUGAUACAGGUGUUUGUGGAGACGCUGGACAAGUGCUUUGAGAAUGUCUGUGAGCUGGAUCUCAUCUUCCAUGUUGACAAGGUCCACUACAUCCUGGCUGAGCUGGUGAUGGGGGGUAUGGUGCUGGAGACAAACAUGACAGAGAUCAUCACACGCAUUGAGGAGCAGAACAAACUGGAGAAAUCCGAGGAGACAUUAGACCUGUCAAUUCUUAAUGAAUUGAGAGAGAAAAUUGCUAAGAUGUAGCUGGUAUAGCAGCUGCGCCAGCGCGUGCAGUCUCGGCGCUGAAGGAGAUGAACAUUCCACAGAAGGUCAAGGACAUGAAGCUUCCUGACCUGCCCUCUAUUGGCAACCUGAAGUUCUAAUGGCGCUUUGUUCUCCAUCUCUGUGUGUCAAUUAAAUGCCAAGGUUUCUCAUUGACAGGAAUAUUCUUGUUUCAUAACUUAAUUAUGUGGUAUCAUUAUUUGUCUCCUUAGUAGAGUAUCUAAUUGCAAAAUGUUAUCAAUAAUUCUUGAUGUAUUGACAGCCUUUUUUGACAUGAAAUGUCAGGAUACAAUUUAGUUUUAUUGUUGACUUUGUGGGGUCUUAAGUUUUGCCACAGAAGCAUCAGUGCAAACAUUUUAGGAGUUUUUUUACGGCAUGUAAAAUUAUACUUUUUGUAUCAUAAGAAUAAUAAGUUUCGAAUUGAUUAAAGGAAAUCUAAACGAGUUAUUAUAGCAUUGAGGUAGUCAAUGUUCACAUUUGUUUUAAUAUUUUGAAAUCAACUUUUGAAAACAACAAUUUUCCAUAGUGAAUCAAGAUUUCAGUUUAAAGAUCUGGGUACAAAAAGUAAAAGCCAUAUACAGAUUAAUAUUGUAUUUUGUAUUGGUUUAUUCUUGUCAUUUAAAAAGUGGGACCACUCAUACACUUGAGGUGCAUGGUUCUGGUACUCUUACAAAUUACACAUAGAAUGUUGCAAAUAAACCAAUUAUUCAGAUGUUGAUGAUGACAUUGUAUUUAUUCUGAAUGUGCAAUAAAAAUACAGGUGGCGAAGAAUGGGUCAGUUCUAAAGUAUUUGUCUGAAAUGUGUAAUGUUUCAAUAAAAUGACUGUUCAGUGGGUGUGUUUGUUGGAUGAGAAUGGGUAAGUGGGGAUAUGUAACUGAUUGUUUGUUUACAUUAUAGCGAUAUUAUUGCUUUAUCUACCGGUACAUUCACAUAUUGUUUGUUGCAUUGUUGAGCAAAUGUUUGUUGUUAAUAGUUCAAUUGUGAUUUUAUUUUCAAUUUUUAAUUAAUAAAUAUUUAACAAAUAUAUCAACAUUUUGUAAAAAAGUUUAAUGUCUUACAAUGUAAGUCAUGUCAGCAGUUGUAAUUUUAACACAUAUCAGUUAAAAAAGCUUGUGUGAAAAAGUUUAAUAUACAGAGUAACUAGUAUUAACCCAUUUAUGCCUAGCGUCUAGAAAUAAAGGCAUUGGCAAACAGCGUAGACCCAGAUGAGAUGCUGCAUGAUGGGGUGUCUCAUCAGGGUCUGCACUGUUAGCUUAAAGGAAUUUCUGUUAGAAAUAUUCUAAAUAUAGAUAUAAAUAUACUCGACAUUCCUAAUUUUGGAAAUAAAUGGAUCCAAUUUAGAAGGAUGGGAGAGUCCACUAGGCAUAAAUGGGUUAAUUUGCUUAGCAGUGCAAUUAUCUGCAAUUCUCAGGUGUACUCAUUUCUUAUAUCAGUACGGUGUUCAAAUACUUAAACCAGAUGAAACUUGUAAGUGUAACAAUUGAAAUCAAACACUUUUCAUGUAAAAGAUGAUGCAAAUGAUAUUUUGGAAUGUUGAUGGUGUUAAGGGUGGUAUAUGCAUGUGUUAUAAGUUAAAGGGAAAGAGAUUAAAUGGAACUAUAUUUGUGAACUUAAUAAAUUCAGAAGUGAAAUAA